AUAAAAAUAAGAAAAUCAUCACCUGCUGGUUAAAUAGAUUCCCAGAAAAAAAUAAAAAUCAUUGACUUUUUUAAAUCAUUAACUCCUGGACAACAGCGCCAUGUACAUCAUCAGUAUAUUUUUUUUAUCAAAAAUCAACAACGCAAUUCAAGUGUUAAUUGUUACAACAAGUUAAAAUAAUUUAUUUUCAUUUUAAUAAUAUUAUUUAUUUGUCAUCCUGGAUCCUCUACUCAAGCUCAAUGAAUCACAUUCAAUACAGUACGGUUUUAGUAUGUCAAAAAGAAAAUUAGUAAACAACGGUGAAAGAAUAUUUGAAAACGUGGAUUACACACAGUUGACUGAAACUGAUCAUGGCUAUGUCGAUUCACAGUUUGUGGGUCCACCAGUUAAAAUACCAUGGAAAGCAAUUGGUCUAGCUUCGUUGUUAUUCAUUGGUGGUACUGUGAUGCUCAUCAUUGGAAGUUUAAUAAUCAGUGGUCAUAUUGAUUCCAAGUAUGGUGAUAGAAUGUGGCCACUAAUAAUAUUGGGCGCACUUAUGUUUAUACCUGGCGCAUAUCAUGUGAGAGUUGCACUUAUGGCAUACAGACAAGUACCAGGCUAUUCAUUUGAUGAUAUUCCAGAAUUUGAUUAAAUUUAAUAUCAUAAUAUUAUUGUACAUAAAAAUAUGCCACUAUGUGCUUUUGUAAAUUAAUUUAUCAUGCUACAAACCAACACACAAAUUCAAUA